AUGACUGCUUUUCGGAACACGAAAGGAACAACCACUGCUUCGAGAAAGGGAAGGGAGAAAAUCAUCUACGACUUCUACUCUGAUCUCUUCGACAGCUAUGUCAACUUGCCUCUUCACCAUCUAAGGGAUGACGGACAUGUCAUUCCAGAGGUUCUCCCGGCCGAAGUACGACAUGCUAUCAUGAUUGAAAAAGUCUUGGACGAAAGACAGCCAUGCGAACAAGCAGGGUUUCGAAAAGGAUCCAGCACGGUUGACCAGAUCCACAUUGUUUUGGAACUCAUCGAGGUAUCACGAGAGUACAAGCUGUCACUCUGUCUCACCUUAAUCGACUUGAAGGAGACUUUCGACUCAAUUGAGACGGAUGCGGUCGUGGAAGGCUUGGACGACCAAGGUAUCCCUACUCAGUACAUAAAGGUACUUCGAGAGUUGUACAGUAACUUCACGACCGGAAUUUCGCCAUUCUACAAGAACAUCAUCAUGACGUGA